GCGAUGGAAAACAUUACAAAGGUUUGGCUGGGUCCACUGCCCGCUGAUUCACCCUACGUCCAGCCGCAUCGUAUGUACUACGUGCAAAAUGGCGUUGAAAAGAACUGGGAUUUGCUCAAGGUGCACGACAGCGUUGCCAUCAUCCUCUAUAACACAACACGCCAGAAGCUCGUGCUGGUGAAACAGUUUCGUCCGGCUGUUUAUCACGGUGUCAUCACCACCGAGCUGGGCACCUUUGACAAGGCCGACCUAAAGGCAUUCCCACCCGCCAUUGGCGUGACCUUGGAGCUCUGCGCUGGUAUUGUGGACAAAUCGAAAAGCUGGAGUGAAAUUGCUCGCGAGGAAGUGCUGGAAGAAUGCGGCUACGAUGUCAGCGUUGACCGCAUCGAGCAAGUCAUGGUCUACAGAUCUGGCGUUGGCUCAUCGGGUGCCAAGCAAGCGAUGUACUACUGUGAGGUGACUGAUGCCGAUAAAGCCAACAGUGGCGGUGGCGUCGAGGAUGAAAUGAUCGAGGUGGUGGAACUGUCAUUGCCCGAGGUCAAGCGUAUGGUGCAACAGGGCGCCGUCAACAACAGUCCACCCAGUUGUCUCAUGGGUCUCAUGUGGUUCUUGGCAAACAAGGCGCCAGCUGAGGCAACCAGCGCCUAACCGCCAAUCGCCAACCGCUCAACAACCACCAACAGAGCUGUGUUAUCGGUUUAUCUGCAUUAUCCAGUUGAUAACACUCGAGCGUGAGAAAUGUUGACACACAAAACUUCGUAUGCUUUCCAGUUAUCUUCUCCCUGCCCAUAAUCACUACAGUUAACUGGCGCACAGCGUCAACCACAAUUAGAUUGCCUUUCCGAGUCUACACAACAACAACAAAAAAUACAUUACGCAUAGAGACAUACCCACUAUUAUUAUAUUCUUCCACAUGUAUCGAGAAUAAACUGUUCGAAAACAGC